GUCGGUUAAAGCCUCUCUGGCCGCUCCCGGUGAUGACCAGCCUUGGUGACGGCACCCGCUUCCCCACGAAGUUGCACCCCGACCCCAACAACCUGCAGCUUCCGCUGGUCCGCCCAGUGAAGGAUGCCCCUGCUGCCAUAGCGGGGAGCUUGUGUGCAGUGAUACCGCCACGUCCGGCACUGGUUCCUGCCGCUCUUCCGGCAACAGUUGUCCCCGGAAUUGGAUUCACCCAGCCACCGCUGCCCGUGAGAGGCCCCUCGCUUGUCGGCCCUACGCAAACAGUAUCCAAGUUCGCCGACUACCCCCGAAUGACGCUGCAACAGCCAAGCAGGACUGCCGCAGCCCAAGGGGCGGCGCAAAGACUGGCUGCGCCCCAAUGAAGAAGCUUUUCUUGA